AUGGCGGACCCAGCGCAGCGACGCGAGGAUGCGGACGUCAGGCAUCUCGACGGGCAGGCGGCCGUGGGGGCCUCCACGGUGGCGGGGGCGGGGACCGCGGACGCGAAUAUGUCAGAGGCGGAGUGUGCGAUUGCGUGGGCGGAGGCCCUGCAGGAGGUGGUUGCCGUGCUGGAACUUCGAUUGGAGGAGGCCGAGGCCGAGCUGCAGGAGGCCAGGAUGGCGAAUGAGAUUCUGAGGGAGACGCCUAGAGGGUCUCCUCCAACAACCCCCGGAAGGGCAAAUGGCUCCACCUCGCUCAAGUCUCUGGUCGACCAGCUGCAAGCGUCCAAGAUUCAAGAGGCCAGGCGUCACGACAAGGAGAAGUCUUUUCAAACCGAGCUUGCUCAAGCAAAGGGUGCAGCAGCACAGUACGGUGGGGAGGUGCAAAGGGUGAAAGAGGAGAAUGCCAGGCUUCGAGCAGAGCUGCAGGUGGAGAAAUCUCACACACAGCAGAUGAUCGCACAAACUUCGGAGCUGCAAGGCCUCUGGGGCGAGUACACUUCCUCCCAACAGCUGCUGGAGCAACAAUUGCAGGAGAUGACGCGCAGAGAGGCGGAAGAGAGGGCACGUGUUGAGGAGCUGGAGAGGUUGCUGAGUGAGGCUACCAUGUCUCAGACUGAGGACGACAAGCUCCAGUGGCUGGAACAGGCGGUCGCUGAUGCCCAAGCAAAGGCCAUCGAAGAACGAAAUCAGGCUGCAAAGCUUGGAGACGAGAAUCAAGCCUUGCACCUGGAGCUGAAAAAGAUGCAGCAACUGCUGCAGACAACUAAUGGUGCAAUCCCAUCCAAAGGUAGCAGUGCGGAAGUGUCACAUGGCUACCAAAUGGAGAGAGGUGGCUUAGGGGGCGAGGUUUCAAAGAACAUGAGAGAUACAUGUUCCACACUGGUGGAGUUGAGGAACAUGGUGCUGAGGAUAGCAGACCACCAGAAUUCUUUGCAGAGCCCAAUUGCAGCUGUUGCUAGCCCCCAAGGAAGUUCUGGGGAAGGAAUGGUGCCACAAGAGCUCUUGGCGCACAGUGUGAAGACAAUCAACGCAUCUGUUGAGCAGCUUGGGCAGCUGAUUGGAUGUGAGGGCUUGGGAUCGGUGAACAUGAGGCACAGACACACCCUGGGCUUCUCCCAUGCGAAAUCGACCUCAAGAGGCAGCGAUAGUUGA